AUGAAUCUUGAUAGCAUAAAUGAAGGUAAUAACCAGCAGGAUGAUUUCAAAAUAUCUCAAAGAUCAAUAAGCGAUGGGUAUAAAAUAGAUUUAUCGACUCCAAUCCAAAGAAUCAAAGAACUUUCUUUAGAAAGUCCUCCUAGAUCAGUUAGUCAACCAGUUCCUAAAAUUGAUUCAUUAUACUCCAAAGAAAGACCGUCGACUGCUCCCUCUCAUAGUAAUGAUAUUUUCACUCAAAUGACCAACAAAGGAUACCUGCAAACAAUAUCGAAUAAAGUUUUGAACGAAUUAAAUCUAAGAGCAAAUGAAAUUUCUGCUAAAAUUAAAUCACCACCACCAGCUUCGUCAAAUAAUAAUAAUAUGAGAAGAGCAUUAAGUAGGAAAAGAUAUUCUGGUAUCCAUAGAAUGAAUUUUAAUAAAAUGGAUUCAAUAUCAAAUCAUUAUGCUGCAUCAAGAUCAAGACCUUCUACUCAAGAAGAUAUACUGAAUAUUUUUAAUUCAAAUGAUCAACCCCAAACUUCUUUACAAAUGCUCAUUAACAAAAGAAGAAGAACUUUCAAUGGUCCGGAAGAAGUAAUAAAUUUCCAUUUACAACAACAACAACAACAACAACAACAAGAAAAAUCUCCAAAUAAACCAAUGUCUCAAUUAAUGAAAAUGUCACCAAUUAAACUAGAAGAUUCUGAUUCUAAGUCACCGAACAAGUCACCCAAUAGAUCGCCCAAUAGAUCCCCAAGUAAUGAAGCAAAGGGAAUAAGUCCUUCCAAAGGGAUAAGUCCUUCAAAAGGAUCAAUGAAUUUAAAUGGAUUGCUAAACGAUGAAAUUGAUUUAAAACUGAUUGAUAAAGAAAAUAAACAUUUAAAAUCCCCAUCAAGAAUACAAAACUCUCAAAGAAUAUCUCAAAGAGAGUUUUUAAAACCAGCAUUACCAAAUAAAUUAAGACAAUCUUCGUUGGAAAUGGCCGGAGUUAGAUCUCCCAAUACUUCAAAUCAAUCAACUCCAAAAUUAGGCACUACUCCAAAUUUAACUAAAAAAUCAUCAAUUCCAAAAUUGAAUAAGAAAACUUCAAUUAAUGAUUUAAACAAAAAAACCUCAAUUAACGAUUUAAGACAAAAUUCUUCAAUUCCAACCUUAAAUAGAAGAACUUCUCACCAUGACUUACAAAAUUCAUUAACUAAAAAAUCUUCAAUUCCAAAACUUUCCAAAAAAGAAUCUCAUUUGGAUUACGAUCAAUCUUCAAUUCAAACUCCUAAUAGACCUCCUUCAAUGUCUCCUUCGUCUUCGGCUUCUUCAAUUGGUUCUAAUAAAAAUUAUACCGUUCCAAAACCAUUUUCAUUAUACGAUAAACCAACGGUUUCCUCCUCACAAAAACUGUUGGGCUCCUUAUACGAUAAGCCAACCAUAUCAUCCUCCCAAAAAUCUUUAAAUAAAUUCCAAAAAUUUAAGAAUAGAUUUCAUUGAAUUUUUUUUUUGCAUCUAUAGACACUAUUCAUGAAUUUACGUUUUAUAUCAAAAACAUUUUUGUAACCGGGGACACUACCCCCUCUCUAUAUGAGCGUAGUCAAAAUUUCAAACAACCAACAAAACAAUCAACUUCGAUUAAUACCACGUUUAACCAACCAUGUCAAUUGAAGAAACUGAAGAUAAAGUGAUCUUGACCCAUCCUAGAGAACCAACCACCAAAGUCAGCAUUUUGAAGUAUGGUGCCACCGUGAUUUCAUGGGAAAAUAAGGGUAA